AUGCGCUCCAAGCUGCCUCCGUGCAAAGUCUGCACCAAGGCAGACUCUGCCAAGUACGCCUGCCCCGUCGACGGCGCUCCCUACUGCUCUGUCGCCUGCUUCAAGAAGCACAAAGAGGAUGGAUGCUUCACCACAGCCAAGUACGAGCCGCCUCCUGCGCCUGUUCUCCCACGAGUCGAAGAACGCAACGACACCGAUGACCGACCACGGAAGCGGCUGAAGGACUUGCACUGGCCGGCUGAGCCUGAUCCGACGCUUUGGGCGGACCCUCUCCAGCGGGACGAUGUCAAGCCGCUGCGGCAUUUCGAGCUCGAAGCUAUCGCCACCUCUCCCGAAAUUCGCGCCCUCCUCGCCUCCCCUUCCGGCGUCCGCAAUGCCCUCUCCCGCCUCCUCCAGCUCCCGCACCACGCCCGGCCAGCCUCUCUCCGCGUCCUCCUCGGCCUCCCAGCCGAACCAACCCCGAAUACCUACCGGCCUGAAUCGGGAAGACGGUUCGCGACGGGUCUCGUUCCGCCUGGACAGCAAGAGCGGGACAACUCUGGCGGGAGUCGAGGCGGGCGAGGAGGACGCGGAGGGAGAGGAGGUGCGAGAGGAGGACGCGGUGGUGGACGAGCGGGGGACUAUGGGCCGAGAGUGCUGCAGAGUACGGAGGAGGAGCGGAAAGAUGUCGAGAAGUUCGCGGCGCGGGUGCUGGAGAUCUUGCAGGAGUCGAGGGAGAGGAAGGGGGAGUAG